AGGUACUUAGGGAUAAGUAAAAGACGCCGUCGAAGGAUCACCGCGUCACGAUAAUUUCGCUGCUCCAACUGCCUAAUCUGUAACCAAUCCGCGCAUAUGCCCCUCUAUUUACCCCUAAUCCCCCAGCCUACUACCGUCGAAAUGAGGCCUCACGAUCCGCACUUUAUAAACCUUCCUCGAGCUUAUUCCUAACAUUUCACCACCUUCACCUUCUUCAUAUCUACCAACACCAAAGGAAAGACGUGAGACAUGUCAGGCCACGACUACUACGGCUCCCACGGCGGCGGCGGAGGAGGUUAUCCCCCGCAGCAAAACCCAUACCCGCCUCAAAACCAAUACCCUCCAUCAAACCAAUAUCCGCCCUCGAACCAGUAUCCCCCUCAAGGCCAAUACCCUCCGCCGAAUCAAUACCCGCCGCAGGGCCAAUACCCACCCGAACACAACCAGUACGGCAGCAACCAAUACAGCGCACCGCCGCCGCAGCACUCAUACGCCUCACCACCACCAGCCCAAUACCCCUCAUACCCGCCGAACCAAGCCUACGGCGCGCCGCCACCUCAACAGCACUCCCCAUACCCUGGCGGCGCCGCGCCGCCUGCCUACGACACCCACAACCAAGCGUACCCGCCUCAAGGCUACUCGAACCAGUACCCUCCACCCGCGGGCCAAUACCCUCCUCAACAGCAGCAGCAACAGCAGCAGUACCAGCAAUACCCACCACAACACGGCGGCGACCCGAAUAACCCGAACGACAAGGGCCUAGGCUCGCUCAUCGGGGGCGCAAUGGGCGGUAAACACGGCGGUGGCGGAAGCGCUCCCCUCGCAGCUUUAGGGGCCGCGGCCGCGGCGUCGUAUCUAGGCGGGAAGACAUCUGGGCACGGGGGGUACGGGCAAAGCGGACAUGCGCAGGGUGGGUAUGGGGGGUACGGCGGACACGCGGGGAAUAGUGGUGGGCACGGAAGCAGUAGCGGGCAUGGGGGGAUGUCCGGGUUUAUACCCGCGGCGGGACUGGUGGGGCUUGCGGGGGCGGGGGUGUAUGGCGGACAUAAGAUGGCGAAGAAACAUAAGAAGGAGAAGAAGCAUAAGGGGCAUAAGAGGAAGGGGAGCUCGAGUAGUGAUAGUAGUAAGAGUAGUAAGAGUAGUUAAGGGGAGGUGGGUAAGGGGUAGCUUCGAGAUUUUGGAUUUAUCGAGGCUGUUAUUGGAAUGCUUGUUCUGAAUUCGGCGUGGUGUUAUGUUCGUUUUAACAUCCCGAAUCGCGGGUUGGAUGCCAUCUAUAUAUAUGUACGCGAGACAUCAGACAGCCGACCUCGACUCAUAUCUCGCUCAUUAUCAACAAGCACCCCAAUUUGAAAGCGCUCAUAUUUCAACAUUGCAUAGAAACAUCAUAUCCCCAGCAGCCCAAAAACCCACUCCCGCCCCUCCCGCUCAUCACCACCAUCCCCAUCCUCCACCUCCAUCUCCACCUCCGCAAUCCUGCGCUCCAAAUCCCUCCUCACAAAAGCCCUCAUCCACCUCAACCUCUCCAAGAUCUUAAACUGCUUAACAAACUUCACCCUCUGCUCGCGAGUCCAGUCUGGCCGCGCGUCAAGACACAACCACAGCAGAUGCGCGAAGAAGCGGGGCACGAGCGAUAGUCCCUGCGCGCCGAAGAGCUCGAGCCGGUCCGGGACGAUGCUGACUUGUGCAUCGCACGCGUUGUUCAUGUGCUGCAAGGCCGCGCCGAUGACGGCGUAGAGGGUGUUCCGGGG